AUGUCCUACCCCAAUCGUUAUGCCCGUGGUAUGGCCGCACCCUACGGCACAGUGCAGCUCCCCGUUGGUUGGCAGAUGGCGUACUCCGCGGAGGGAGACCCAUACUACAUUGAUCACAACACCCGCACGACACACUGGCAAAUCCCUGCGGAGGUGCUGCAAAGAAUGAACCAAGGACAAAUGUAUCGUGGGCGUGUGCGACGUGGCAUUGACCGCACCAAACUGAAGACAAAAAUGUGCAUGAACAUUCAACGUGGUGGUGUUUGCAACUGGGGCGACAACUGCGCCUUUGCGCAUAGCUCCGAGGAACUCACUGCAGUGCCGCACGGUGGCAACCAGCGCGGCGGGGAGGGGAACCCGUACCGCAUGAGGGGGGGCGCCAACAACAGCAACAACUUAAGCAAUAAUAACAACCCGAAUAACGGCAACAGCACUCCUAAUUGCAUGGAGUUGCAGCCGCAGCAGCAGCCGCAGGAGCAGCAAAAACAGCAGCAAGUCGUUGCAGCACAACCGCAAGCUAUGCCUGUCCAGCAGCAGUGA